AUGAAUAAACUUGUUGGCUUGGGUUUUGACGGGUGUUCAGUAAUGGCUGGAAAAGAAAAUGGAGUUCAGAAAAUAAUUUGUGAUAAAUAUUCUAAAGCAACAUUUUUCCACUGUGCUUCACAUAGACUCAAUCUCGUUGUAAAUGAUUUGAAUGCAGUGACAGAAAUACAAAAUACUGCAGGAGUAAUUAAAGAGGUUAUUAAUUUUUUUCGUGAAAGUGUACUUCGUCGAAAAUUGGUUACAAAUAUACCACUUUUGUGUGAUACUCGUUGGUCUGUGAAAUAUAAAUCUAUUCGCAUUUUUGCUGAAAACUUUAUUAAUAUUAAGUCAGUUUUAGAAAAACUAUCUCAUAAUAAUGACUCAGAUUUUAAAGUUAACACCACUACUCGCACAAAAGCACAGGAACUAUCAUGUGUGACAUCAACAUCAGAAUUUAUUAUAUUUUUAAAUAUUAUAUCCAAAUACUCAGCUCAAUUAGAACCAGUUACAAAUAAAUUGCAGGCAAAAUCUAUUGAUUUAUACUCGGUCCAAAUCCAAAAUCAUAUUCAAGAUUUAUUAUCUAUAUUUAAUAAUAAUAGAGAACAAUCAGAUAUCGUUUUUAAUGAUAUUUUUAAUAACUCCGUAUUUAUGGCAGAAAAAAUUGGCGCAGAUAUUAAAAAUCCACGUAUUACAUCCAAAAUAAAAAAAGAUCAAAUUACGAAACCGAUUUUGCUGAACACUAUUACAGACUCUAUAUUUUUAUUCCGUACUUAG